AUGGCAUCAGGAAAGAACACAAUAGGAGGUGCUGUGUUAGGACUGUUAGCAGAAAAACAACGGGAAAAAUCCAUUCCAAAUAUUCCCGAAAGUGAUAAAAUUAUACUGAAUGUUGGCGGUGUUCAACACGUUACGACGUUCACCACACUGUUAAAAAAGCCGGACACAAGACUAUACAAUGUGGCAGUGGUGGCUAAGAAAAAAGGACUUAAAGAAGUGUAUUUUGACAGACAUCCAGCGGUUUUCGCACAUAUUUUAAAUUUUUAUAGGACUGAUUCGUUACAUGUACCGACCGAUUUGUGUGGACCUAUGAUAAAAGAUGAAUUGAAAUAUUGGCAACUGGAUGAAAAUCAAAUUGAACAGUGUUGCUGGGUGAAUUAUUGUCAUUAUGAAGAUACUUUGGAAAUGUUACGAAAGUUUGAAGCUGAUCAUAGCUUGAAAUUCCGCGGGAACUAUCGAGGUGACGAAUCGUCCCUGUGGAGUAGAUCUCGUCCAAAAAUUUGGAACUGGUUACAAGAUCCCUAUUCAUCUAAGGGUGCUUUAGCCUAUGCUAUUUUAUCGCUAUGUAUCGUGACGUGUUCUAUAACAGUCUUUAUAUUAGAGACUUUACCCUAUUUUGGAUCUGUUACAAUCCAUGCCAAAAGAAGAAAUAUAACAAUAACGUCAAUGGAUCUGCGAAACGAUUUGGACAUUUUUAAUGACGUCAGUCCGAAUGAUCUGUUGAUUAUUAUUGACAAUACAUGUAACAUUUUCUUUUUCGUAGAAUUUGUGAUAAAAUUUCUUACAGCCCCAAGUAAACUGAGAUUUCUUCGACAACCUUUGACAAUAGUCGAACUGCUAUGUUUAAUACCUUACUAUAUCGCCAUUACACUCAUAUUUACACAUAGUGACCCAGUUCGGAUUUUUGAAUUCAUAAGAAUCUUGUUGGCAUCCAGAGUUCUGCGUAUUUUUAGAAUUUUUGUGUUAAUGAAACAUUUUUUAGCAUUGAAGAUUUUGGUUUAUACCAUGCGAGCCAGUGCCAAGGAGUUGUUACUGCUUGUUUUUAUUGUGAUUAUUGGGAUUAUCAUAUUCGCUUGUUUGGAAUAUUAUAUGGAAAUGUUCACGGACAUUGAAAGUGACUUUGAGCACAUUCCUCUAGCUUUCUGGUGGGCGUUGAUUACAAUGACUACGGUAGGGUAUGGUGAUAUAUACCCUAAAUCUGGACUGGGCUAUAUUGUGGGUGGCUUGUGUGCUAUCAGUGGGGUACUGGUCAUUGCUCUGUCAGUUCCUGUUAUCGUCAAUAACUUCACUGUAUAUUACACCCACGCGCAGUCUCGCGCAAAAUUAAAAGAGCGUCGUCGACGUCAGAACGUGGCCAAUCACUGGCGUAAAGGUAUGACCAUGGUACGAAGGAACACUAUUCAACAGAGAAUUCUGGUCAAUGGAAAAGGUCCCAGAGUUGGAGUUGUUCUGGACUUGGAGGACUCUGUCAAUGGUCAGCUUCCCAGAUCUGCAACCAACACCCCUAUUCCAAAUCCGACUCCAAAAAGCAACAAUACGGAUGACAGUGAGGAUAAACCGGGUACAGUUACCUCGAGAACAUUGUCAAAUAUUCCAUUGAUAGAUACAUCAGAUGGAACUGCUAACUCUGAAAUUCCUCUACCAGGGGCCGUGGAGACAACUGAAUCGAAAUUAAAAAGGUUGUUUGUUAGCCAAACUGCUCCACAGAAUGCAAACGGUGAUGCGGUUACAAACCUAUCGGAUAAAAAGUCUUGA